UGUCGCUCGGUAGCUAUGUAUGUAUUGGCGCUAUUUUACGUCUAAAAUAAUUAUAAUUUGUUUGUAGUUUCUUGAUUUUUAAAGAAGUGGAAGGUCUAAGUGCAUCAAUUGAUGUUAUACUAGUAUUUAACGAAGCCGUUAAUACAUCAGGUUUUAGCAAAGAUAUUGCAAAGAGUUCCUUUAUGUAAACACUACAGGACAAAUUUAGGGUUUAGCCCUAACACAAUUGCAUUAAGGAAUUGAAUGGCUAUGUAUUAUUACGCAAGUAAACUGAACGAGGCUUCAUGUAGUGGCUGCAACAUAAAAGUGCCGCCGGCACCAACAGAACCUGCACCGGCCCCACCGCCCCCGACCGAUCAUGCCCCUCUUCCUCCUAACCCAGCUCUCCUCCACGGCACUGGACUCUCCUACUAUGAUAAUGAUGACUACUAUUCUAUGGUCAGAGGCAACAAGUUCAUAUCUGAAACCACUUGUAAACACAUUGUGAUGAAUGGUGGAAUAAAUUUUAUUGCUGCACAGAAAGGAGACAAUCCACAGUUGGCAGGUGUCCUAUCACCGGGAGUAAAGGCACUUACAGCAUUGCCUUAUGUUAAUUGUCCACCAGAGAAGCUUGAUGUGGAAUAUAAAGAUGGACAAAUAGUCAGUGCCACUUUGGAUGCUCUCGUAGAUAUGCUUCGACCUGGAGCAAGCAAAUCUUUUACAUUCACCUUCCUUCUAUGUUCACGUCUUUUUGUUAAGCCACAUGAAUUGCUAAACAAAUUGUGUAAACGAUAUUUCAAAAAUUAUGAUAAGAUUGGAAAAACGGAAGUAAAAGAUUUGGUUGAAAAGGAGUUGACAGACAUGGUUGCCCUAGUCAGGGUGUUAAAUCAAUGGACUAGUAUGUUUCCCUAUGAUUUUCGUGAUGACAGAGUUAUGGCACUGGUGCGGAGUAUAACUCAAAGAUGUGCAGCUGAACACAUGGCGUCGGUCAGAACAGAAGUAUCAACGAUGUUAGAAAAACUUCUAGAUAAAUUGACAGCUUUGGAGCAGUAUGAAGAAACUCUAGUGGAAAUACCGCAAGUGGCAUCGGUUGAUCAAUUACCACAAGGAGAUAUUUUAACACUGGGAUUGACACCUGCAGAAUUAGCAAAUCAGUUGACGAUUGUGGAGCUCCACAAGUUAUCAUUUGUAGGCCCUGAAGAGUUUGUUCAGACAUUCGCUCCAGUGCAACCUGCGCCACAAGCCCCAACUAAUGGAAAAAACACAAUUAAUCUACAUCAUAAUGAGGGCAAAAGCACAAGGAACUUGGAAGCUUAUGCAGACUGGUUUAACAGGCUGAGCUACUUGGUGGCCACAGAUAUACUAAAAGCUACAAAGAGCAAAUACAGAGCGCGCGUAAUAGAACAGUGGGUAAUGACAGCGAGAGAGUGCUUCAAUCUUGGGAAUUUUAACUCCCUUAUGGCUAUCAUCAGUGCAUUGAACAUGUCUCCAAUAUCAAGACUUAAGAAAACGUGGAGCCGCACAUCAGCAGUGUGUGGUCAGCAACUAAGGCAGCUGGAACUAUGUGUGGAGCCCAGCGGAAAUCACGCGAGGUAUCGUGCAGCCCUGGCAGCCGCGCCUACUGAAACGGCUGUGCCGCUGUUGUCCGUCACUUGCAGGGAUCUCCACUUUGCCAAUCAAGGUUCUCCAUCCAAGUUGCCGGGGAACCGCGUGAAUUUCGAGAAGUGCACGCUGCUGGCGCGGCACGUGAACAGCCAGCUGGCGGCGCGGCGGCUGACGGGUGAUGAGCCGCCGCCCCAGCCGCCCGCGCCGUUGCCCGCGCGCCGCUUGUUCGCCGACCGACCCGCGCUACGCGAAAACGCGUUGGAGCUGAUAUCAUUCGAGCGAGAGCCUCCCGUGGACCAUUUGGAGAAAGAACGCUUGAAACGUCUUCGUGGGGCUACUUAAAUGUAAUGUAAACUCCCAGUAAUUUACCCAGCUACUUUACUAACACAGGUAAUAAGACACAUACUUUCCCCUUGAAAUAAUAUUUUUUGAAGACAGUUCUCAAAGACGAAACUCAAGACGGGUAUAGUCAUGAGUAAUAUCAUGUACCCACUUUAGAACCCGCGCUAUCAAAUUUGACAUUUAAUGACACAUGGUAUCAAAGUGUAUACAUAUUAGUACUCGUGACCGUACAGGAUGUACAAAUUUGUAACAACCUGUAAGUAUUUGACAGAUAUCUAGUAGGACAGGGCCAUAAUAUACACCUUUACGUAUGCAUUACUACCGGUUCUACUUACCGGUGAUAUUCGAAAAUGCAUUUUCCGCAAAAGUUCAUCUAGGUAAGCAUCUUAAGUUCAAAGUUAAAUUAAAUGUGAUCUUCAGAUGCAUAAAAGUUUGUUCCCUGGCUUGUUUCUUCUUAAAAUUACGCGCAUAUUAUAAAAUAUGGGACGUAAAAAUACGGAAUUAAACCUUUUUUUCAAUUGACUUCAAAUAAGGAGGACAAUUUGGUUGAAUUUUUUUUUGAACAACGCAGCGUAUACUUGUAAUGUUUGUACUUAAUAUAUCAGUCAAAAAAUAUUUCUAAGUGUCGUUUAUAUUGACCAAUGCGCGGAGUAUUUAGUGUGCGUUUAACGCGACUAACUCCUAAAAUUUUGCGUUUGCGUUCACAUUUCUUCGCUGUGCCACUAAAAAAAACCAUUGUUGUGGACGUACCUUAAAAUUUUUUUAUGGUUAUGUAUGAUGAAGCGAUCCAAAAUCAAGUUCCUUGUGAAUGAACAGUAUUUUUAUUAAUUUUAAAAACUACUUUGAAUAUAUACCGUUGGAAUAUUUGUUGUUUGUAAUCCAAUGCUGAUCUCAUUAAUUUUGAAUUAUAUAUCUAUAUAUCUUCUACCUAAUUUAUGUCGUAAUGUACAUUUAAAUGUGUGUGUGAGAAGUAUGUUUAUUUAUUUUUUGGAUAAGUUUUUAACUCAGUGUGUAUCUGAUAAAGCGGUGUGUGUUAUUUGAGUAAUAAAAAAUAAGGAAAUGAGAUUAUUGUGCACGUACACGUUAUACUAACGUAAAUCAUAUUCUGAGGAGAAAUCAGUUGUUUGAUAGUUCAAAAAUUCUAUAACACUUACUUAUAAUUAAAAUCCCAGAGUCGUGUUUGUAAUACCUGAAUUAAAUGUUUAAAAUAGUUUAUAAUCAGUGUAAAUGGUUACUACUGUGGCUCAAAACGCAUUUGCGAACAUUUGUCUGAAAUUACUUUGCGAAUGUUGUAGUUGGAAAAAAAUAUUUUUAAUAUACAAUUGGUAGGUAAGUAUAUAAUAUUCAUAUCGGUGUGGUAAAUAAAUAAUAUACUUAUAUGGGUACAGUCUUCGAUUUCAUAGUAUGGUUCAAUAAGUAUUUAAAUCGUCCCUGAAGAAUAUUAUUUAUAAUAUUAAUACUUAAUAUUUCACUUUACAUGUUGUAAGCACUUACAAAGACGAUGAAUCCCACCAAAAUAUUAUCUUAGGCAGUAAAAUACCUUUUCCAACUUGUCACUAUUUUUAAGCUUCAACUAAUUGUACUUAGAGGAACAUUUACUUACAGGCUUCUCAUAAUUAUACCUACUGUGUUCAAUCAUUUUGCAUUGAGAUCAAAACUGAUUGUGUUUUGUCAAUCUAGGAAAUACGUACAAACUUUGGUUGCCAUGUUAGUUAUACUUUCGGCUUCUACGGCUAUGUUAUUUAACGGUACUCGUUAGUACCAAAAUCAUAGACUUAACUAGGAUUAAGAUAUAUUUUUAAUAUUUAUUUUAUAGGAGUUCAGAAACUUCAGAGUCCCAAAUACCACUGUACUUGGUGGAGUACUUUCCUGUCUCAUAUGACAUACUUAUUUCAAAAAGAAAUAUAAACAAAAUUGUUAAGUAUGAAUAAUAAUACUUGAAUAGUCACGAUACAGUAUCAGAUUCAGUAGUCCAUCUUUAAUUAUUUUUUGAGAAGGUUUUAUUCAAAAAGGAAUAUUAUAUACAUAAUAGUAAGAAGUUUAAUUUGGAAAACAAGUGCACGUACCGCCGGGGUCAUGACGUCAUCAUAUUUAGUUACUAGAAACCCUGUUACCUUGUAAUGAAUACAUUCCACAACGUCUGACUGAAAUUAUUUUUAAUUGUGAUGGUUUAGCGUGAAUCUCAGUUUUGUAAGCAUAACUGUGAACAGUAUUGGUUAUUGCUUUAAUAUAAUUAAUUACGAAACCUAAUAGUAAAUUAAAUCAAAAAUAAGUAUAAUUAAUGUAAAGAAAUAUUAUUUAUUUUUCGGAAAAGUUGGAUUAUAAUUAUAGGUAACUAAAAUGUUAACGCGAUUUUAUCUACGGCAUCAUUUUGUCCUGUGAUAUUUAUACCUGCAUACAAGAUUAAUUUGUGUAACUUGUAUUCACCAUAGUAGUGUUCCAGAUAGUUCGGAUGUAAUACAAAUAUAUUUCGAAAAGAUUAAAAAUGAUAAAUAUACUAGUUUAAGAGUUUACCUUAAUUACUUAAUGUAAAAUCACUUAUAAUAAAUAUAAAAUUAUCUAAAUGCUGCGAACAAGUAUUUAUUACUGAGUCAUCGGAGAUUAAUUUCUGUACUAAAAUAAUAUAAUUGUCGUUAAUAGUGACUAAAUUUAUUCUAAAUUAUAAAAUAAGAUAUUUUUCUUCUAAAUAAUAAAUAUUUUAUUUAAUAUUGAAUGUCAUGAAUUUUUAACUUCAAUUUUAAGCUCCGGAACACAAUUUCUUAUUUAUAUUAAUUAGUAAAUACUUACUUACUAAACCAAUUGUUUAACAACAGUAAAACUAUCCUUGCAUGUUGCUGUUCAUUCUUGAUGUCAAAAUAUAUAAAUUAAUAUUUGUGCUGCUAUAAACUUAUUGUAAUUGAUUAUGUCAAUAAAAUGUAUCAAUGAAU